UAAUCCAGCCUCUCCAUCACUUCAUGGUUUGGUUGCUCAGUCUACAGUCGGUCUGGUCUGGUUUGAGGCAGGUUGGAAGAUGGCUCUCGACAUGCAGCGUUUCCUGCUCCCCCUGCUUCUCCUGGGUGCUAACGUGUUCGUCUGCAUCUAUGCUCAAGAGAAUGGUGUGUCCGAGACAUGGACCAGCAGGUCUUGCAAAUGUGACUGUGAAGGAGGAGAAACCCCCACUGAGUUCUCCUCCAUUGCGUCUGGCUCCUCCAUGGUGCGAGGAGUCGACUGCAUGCCAGAGUGUCCGUACCACAAACCUCUGGGCUUCGAGGCCGGGUCGGUGAAUCCAGAGCAGAUCACCUGCUCCAACCAGGACCAGUACACCGGCUGGUUCUCCUCAUGGCUCCCCAGCAAGGCCCGGCUCAACACCCAGGGUUUCGGGUGCGCCUGGCUCUCCAAGUUCCAGGACACCAGUCAGUGGCUGCAGAUCGACCUGACGGAGGUGAUGGUGGUGUCAGGGAUCCUGACUCAGGGCCGCUGUGACGCUGAAGAGUGGAUCACCAAGUACAGCGUUCAGUACCGCACGGACGAGAAGCUCAACUGGAUCUACUACAAAGACCAGACUGGAAACAACAGGGUGUUUUAUGGAAACUCCGACCGCUCCUCGUCUGUGCAGAAUCUUUUGCGGCCGCCCAUCGUGGCGCGCUACAUCCGCAUCCUCCCUCUCGGAUGGCACACACGCAUUGCUCUGCGCCUGGAGCUGCUACUCUGCAUGAACAAAUGCAUGUGAACGUCUCCUCCCAUCUCUACCCAAGGCCUUGUCCCAAAACUUCCAACUCUACCCAUAAAGCCCCGUCAUCACAGCGUACAACAUCCAUAGUUCUGACCCCCUUCCUCCAGCUACAUGUAGGAAAACCCCUCAAUUUCAAACAAUAUUCAGUUGAAAACCUUUUUAAAACGGGAGGAAAACAGUCAGACUUGUGUGAUUCCAUUCAAAUGUCUGUUUGAUAUGCUCAAUGAGCUUUCAUUCAGCCCACUCCUCAUUGUCUUUGUGUGACCCGUCUCGCUCGGGGCUUUAAUUUGGUGAAUUCUCAAUAGAUUGUUCCAGUUUCAAUCAAAUGGCAUAAAUUCAAAGCAAUAAUUAGGCAUGAUGAGGGAGCGGCAGCGUUGCUAUGGAGGUUGUAUCCACAGGUCUGAGACGAGCUCGCUCAAAACAACUCUUUCCUUCUGUGACAGGUCGAUGAAUUUCUGUCCUUCUCUCCCUUUAUUUAACGAUAAACGGGGAGUUUUCAGUUCUGCACCUCAGUCGGUUUCUCCUCCAUAUUUUCCUGGUGAAUCCUGUGUUUUCCUUAUCAACAAAUCCCAAGAAAAGUCCCCCAAACCAAUAAUGAAUUCUUGAUUCUUGAUUUCAUUAUAUCGGCCUGUAUUAUGUUUGUUAUCCCCAGUAAUUAUGAAAACACAUCAGUGAGCCGCAGUGACGUGUUCCUUCAUUACACGGGUGCUGUCGUUUAUUCUCAGUCACCAACACGUACGCUGUCGUGCUGCUCUAAAUACUCCGAGGCUCAGCGUGCAUCAACUCCGUAUUAAUCUGCAGCUCAAAAAAAUAAUCCCCAACAAAUGUAGUGUUUACUCCUGUUUGACUCGUGUUUGCUGAAAACUAGUCUCCAGCUGUUUUAGGAAAUGACUUAGUCUUAUUUUUUUUUUGGAAAGCUUUUCAUCCUCAGUACAAGUGGCUUUGGAGCUGAAAUCCAGGAAGUACUGAGAAAACCAUUGAACAUGUUUAUUUUUGUCUUUUCAAAGGAUUUGUUGAUUUCCUCUUUCUCUUGUUGUUUGUAAAUCUCAGGCACUUUUUAAAAUCAAUCACUUUUUAGGUGCUAUAUAUAUAUAUAUAUAUAUAAAUAUCAAGUGAUGAGAAAUUCACUAAUAUUCAUAUGUGGUUUUGUAUCGUGGUUGUUCCUGAUUUUGUUUUGUUGCCAUUUCAGUUAAAUUUCCCAUGGUGCUUUGGGAGCACACUUUGGGAGUUUCAUCGACUCUGAUGACGUGUUCCUUACUGUAUCUUUAAUUUGCUGUUUCCUCGACUAAAUAAAAUACUCGUCUCAC